UUGUGAACUCCAGGACUGGCAGCCUGGAGGUUCUGUGACUCCGUGCUUCCUGCAGCCCAUAUCUUUAUCUCAGCAGACUCCAGACAUAGAAUCGCUCCAUGCAACCAAGAAAGAUGUUUCCUAUGUGGACAUUGAAGAGAGAAUUUCUUAUCCUUUUUAACAUGAUCCUAAUUUCCAAACUCCUUGGAGCUAGAUGGUUUCCUAAAACUCUGCCCUGUGAUGUCUUUUUGGAUGCCCCAAAGGCCCAGGUGAUUGUGGACUGCACAGACAAGCAUUUGACGGACAUUCCUGGAGGUAUUCCCACCAACGCUACCAACCUCACCCUCACCAUUAACCACAUACCAGGCAUCUCUCCAGCCUCCUUCCACCAGCUAGAAAAUCUGGUAGAGAUUGAUUUCAGAUGCAACUGUGUACCUGUUCGGCUGGGGCCAAAGGACAAUGUAUGUAAGAAUAGGCUGCAGAUUAAACCCAGAAGCUUUAGUAGACUCACUAAUUUAAAAUCCCUUUACCUGGAUGGAAACCAGCUUCUAGAAAUACCUCAGGAUCUUCCUCCCAGCUUACAGCUGCUGAGCCUUGAGGCCAACAAUAUCUUUUUGAUCAUGAAAAAGAAUCUAACAGAAUUGGCCAACAUAGAAAUGCUCUACUUGGGCCAAAACUGUUAUUAUCGCAAUCCUUGUAAUGUUUCAUUUUUCAUUGAAAAAGAUGCUUUCCUAAAUCUGAAAAAUUUAAAAUUGCUCUCCCUAAAAGAUAACAAUAUCACAGCUGUCCCCACUAUUUUGCCAUCUUCUUUAACAGAACUCUAUCUUUACAACAACAUCAUUGCAAAAAUCCAAGAAGAUGAUUUUAAGAUGCUCAAUCAGCUGCAAAUUCUUGACCUAAGUGGAAAUUGUCCUCGUUGUUAUAAUGUGCCAUAUCCUUGUACACCCUGUGAAAAUAAUUCUCCCCUACAGAUCCAUGCAAAUGCUUUUGAUGCCUUGACGGAGUUACAAGUUUUACGUCUGCAUAGUAACUCUCUUCAGUAUGUGCCCCAAAGAUGGUUUAAAAACAUUAACAAACUUAAAGAACUAGAUCUCUCCCAAAACUUCUUGGCCAAAGAAAUUGGGGAUGCCAAAUUUUUGCAUCUUCUUCACAACCUUGUCCAAUUGGAUCUGUCUUUCAAUUACGAACUUCAGGUCUAUCAUGCGUCUAUGAAUCUGUCAGAGGCAUUUUCUUCAUUGAAAAACCUCAGAGUUUUGCGGAUCAAAGGAUACGUCUUUAAGGAGCUGAAAGACCUUAAUCUCUCCCCAUUACGUAAUCUUUCCAAUCUUGAAGUCCUUGAUCUUGGCACUAACUUUAUAAAAAUUGCUGACCUCAGCAUAUUCAAACAAUUUAAAACAUUGAAAGUCAUAGACCUUUCAAUGAAUAAAAUAUCACCUUCAGGAGAGUCAAGUGAAGUUGGCUUCUGCUCUAACACCAGAACUUCUGUAGCAGGUCACGGGCCCCAGGUCCUUGAAACAUUACAUUAUUUCAGGUAUGAUGAGUAUGCAAGGAGUUGCAGGUUCAAAAACAGAGAGACUUCUUCUUUCUUGCCUUUUAAUGAAGGUUGUUACAUGUAUGGGCAGACCUUGGACCUAAGUAAGAAUAAUAUAUUUUUUAUCAAAUCCUCUGAUUUUCGGCAUCUUUCUUUCCUCAAAUGCCUAAAUUUGUCAGGAAAUAGCAUUAGCCAAACUCUUAAUGGCAGUGAAUUUCAGCCUUUAGUGGAGUUGAAAUACUUGGAUUUCUCUAACAACCGGCUUGAUUUACUCUACUCGACGGCUUUUGAGGAGCUACGCAACCUAGAAGUUCUAGAUAUAAGUAGUAACAGCCAUUAUUUUCAAUCAGAGGGAAUUACUCACAUGCUAAACUUUACCAAGAACCUGAAGGUUCUGAGGAAACUGAUGAUGAACAACAAUGACAUCUCUACCUCCACCAGCAGGACAAUGGAGAGCGAAUCUCUUACAAUUCUAGAAUUCAGAGGAAAUCAUUUGGAUGUUUUAUGGAAAGAUGGUGAUAACAGAUACUUAAAAUUCUUCAAGAAUCUGCUAAACCUAAAGGAAUUAGACAUCUCUGAAAAUUCCCUGAGUUUCUUGCCUCCUGGAGUUUUUGAAAGUAUGCCUCCAAAUCUAAAGACUCUCUACUUGGUCAACAAUAAGUUUAAGUCUUUCAAUUGGGGAAAACUCCAGCUUCUGAAGAAUCUAGAAACUUUGGACCUCAGCUACAACCAGCUGAGGACUGUCCCUGAAAGAUUAUCCAACUGUUCCAGGAGCCUCAAGAAACUAAUCCUUAAGAAUAAUCAAAUCAGGCGUCUGACAAAGUAUUUUCUACAAGAUGCUUUCCAGUUACGAUAUCUGGACCUCAGCUCAAAUAAAAUCCAGAUUAUCCAAAAGUCUAGCUUUCCAGAAAAUGUCCUCAACAAUCUGGACAUGUUGCUUUUGCAUCGUAAUAGGUUUCUGUGCACCUGUGAUGCUGUGUGGUUUGUCUGGUGGGUUAACCAUACAGAGGUGACUAUUCCUUACUUGGCCACAGAUGUGACUUGUACGGGGCCAGGAGCACACAAGGGCCAGAGUGUGGUCUCUCUGGAUCUGUAUACCUGUGAGUUAGAUCUGACUAACUUGAUUCUGUUCUCACUUUCCAUGUCGAUGGCUCUCUUUCUGAUGGUGGUUACCACAGCGAAUCACCUCUAUUUCUGGGAUGUGUGGUAUAGUUACCAUUUCUGCAAGGCCAAAAUAAAGGGCUAUCAACGUCUGACACUAACAGAUUCUUGCUAUGAUGCUUUUAUUGUGUAUGAUACUAAAGACCCAGCGGUUACAGAGUGGGUUUUGGAUGAGCUGGUGGCCAAAUUGGAAGAUCCAAGAGAGAAACAUUUUAAUUUAUGCCUUGAGGAAAGGGACUGGUUACCAGGGCAGCCGGUUCUGGAAAACCUUUCCCAGAGCAUACAGCUUAGCAAAAAGACGGUGUUUGUGAUGACAGACAAGUAUGCAAAGACUGAGAAUUUUAAGAUAGCAUUUUACUUGUCCCAUCAGAGGCUCAUAGAUGAAAAAGUGGACGUAAUUAUCUUGAUAUUCCUUGAGAAACCACUUCAGAAGUCCAAAUUCCUCCAGCUCCGGAAGAGGCUCUGUGGGAGUUCUGUCCUUGAGUGGCCAAGAAACCCACAGGCUCACCCAUACUUCUGGCAGUGUCUGAAAAAUGCCCUGGCCACAGACAAUCACGUGACCUAUAGUCAGGUGUUCAAAGAGACGGUCUAGCCCUUCUUUGCAAAACGUGACUGCCUUACUUAGCAAGGAGAAGCUUGGCUGCCUAGAUUUUCUCAUAAAUGUCUCAUCAAAAGAGUGUUUUUAAAUUCUCCAAGAGAGGAAUUUCCCAUAUCAGAAAGGAGUCACCGUUGUAUGACAAAGGAAUUGGAAAAAUGGGAUUUAUAUAAUGCAUUGAGUUGUCUUUCUUAUCUCUCUGUCUCCAGUUGCACUUCCGUCUCUCCCUUCUGCUCCUUAUAAAAUGCUAUUGGGAGAAGGGUAGCAAGUAGAGGACACAGGGCUCUCAUACUCCUGUAAUUGUGAUUAUUAAAUAUAUACACAAUUACAAAAUUGAGAGGAACUGCAUUUCUACCCAGGUGCUGGUAUGUAUAGAAAUAGGGGAAAAAAUGCUCAAGGUCUGUCAAUAUGACAUCAAAAUGACCAGAGUUAAUUAGUGAAAUAAAAACGCAGUUAAUUCCUCAACUAAUUGCUUCUGUGUCAUCUCGCACCCACUUCUGUGCAGACCGAGUGUUAGCACCCAACAGGUGCUUGCUGUUUAGGUGCUGCUUACUCUUUUCCCUUGGGUCUGUUGCUGGGUUCCAUGCGGAAGCAGUGAGAAACAUCUUUACCAUCGAUGGACAUAGUCUACUUACAAAUGGGAAAAAAUUAAAGUGAUCUGCCUUUAUAUAAAAUGAUGUUCUUUACUUUUGAUGAUAAUUUACCUGCUUAAAUAUUGUUAUGGAUUAAGUGUUUCUUUCCCCAAAGUUCAUAUGUUGAAAUUCUAACCCCCAAUGUAAUGGUAUUAGGAGGUGGGGCCUUUGGGAGGUGAUCAGGUCAUGAAGGUGGAGCUUUCACGAAU